GCUGUCGCGCGGCUCCACGGCCAGCCAUCGGCAUCUAUAGACCGCCUAUCGGGAGAGAGAGGAGCGAUGGCGACGGAGCGCAGCAGCUGCGAGGCCGGGGAGCGCGUACAGCCACUCUCGGGCGCCGAGCGGAACCAGAUACCCGGCGCGGAACUCUCCCGCGAGGAGAAGCUGCAGCUCCGCAAGGAGAAGAAACAGCAGAAAAAGAAGCAGCGCCGCCAGGAGGAGCCGCCGCAGCAAGGAGCCCCCCUCGCUCAACCUGCACCGGGCAGUGCGCCCCUGCAGCCGCCCCCAGGAACGGCGCCGACCCCCGCAAUGGCCGUUGACAAGGCAGCCGGGGGCAAAAGCAAGGCCGAGCUGCGGGCGGAGCGGCGGGCCAAGCAGGAGGCCGACCGAGCCACGAAGGCCAAGAAAGGAGAGCAGAGCCCGGCGGCCUUGCCGGCCAAGCCUCGCCUCAUUCCCAGCGAGGCCCAGCAAGUGGUGAAGCGGCUCCCCGAACACGUGCAAGUCGAUGACCCGGCUGCGCUCAAGAAACUGGCCAAGAAGCUGGAGCGUCAGCAGGUGCCUUUGAGACCGGACUACGGUGCCAAAGUCAGCCUCUUCUCUCAUCUGCACCAGUACAGCCGCAAAGUGUUGUUAACACAGCAGAUGAGCAUUCCUGCGUCUGCCAUCCAUCCAGCAGUGGUGCGUCUUGGCCUCCAGUAUUCCCAGGGCAUCAUCAAUGGCUCCAAUGCCCGUUGCAUUUCUCUGUUGCAUGUCUUCAAGCAGGUCAUUGCAGACUACAACACCCCUGCCAAUGAGGAACUCUCACGGGACCUUGUGAACAAGCUGAAGCCCUAUAUCAGUUUUCUGAACCAGUGCCGGCCCCUCUCGGCCAGUAUGGGCAAUGCCAUCAAGUUCCUCAAAAAGGAGAUCUCAGGGUUGCCUGGAAGCAUGCGAGAGGAGGAGGCUAAGGGGGUACUACAAGACGCCAUUGACAAAUACGUGCGGGAGAAGAUUGUUUUGGCCGCUGCAGCCAUCUCCAAGUCUGCCUUUGAAAAGAUCAGCGACGGGGAUGUCAUCCUGAUAUAUGGAUGCUCCUCCCUGGUGAGCCGCACGCUCUGUGAUGCCCAUGCCAAAGGACGUGCCUUUCGCGUGGUGGUGGUAGACAGUCGGCCGCGGCUGGAGGGCCGGGAAACUCUGCAUCGGCUGGUGAAGCAGGGCAUCCGCUGCAGUUAUGUGCUGAUCAACGCCAUUUCCUACGUGUUGCCUGAGGUCUCCAAGGUGCUGCUGGGAGCUCAUGCGCUCUUAGCCAAUGGCUCUGUGAUGUCACAGAUGGGCACGUCGCAAAUAGCGCUGCUUUCCAAGGCCCAUAAUGUGCCAGUCCUGGUCUGCUGUGAGACUUACAAGUUCUGUGACCGUGUCCAGACUGACUCCUUUGUUUCCAAUGAACUCGAUGACCCCGACGACCUGAUAGUGCCGCACCGAGGGAGGAUCCCACUGGCCGGCUGGCAAGACAGCAAGUCAUUGCGCCUCCUCAAUCUGGUCUAUGACGUGACCCCGAUGGAGCUGGUGGAUCUGGUGAUCACAGACAUAGGGAUGAUCCCUUGCACCUCUGUCCCUGUUGUGCUUCGGGUCAAGAACGUGGAGCAAUAACGUGGGAGGGGGAGGAGGGAGUGAAUAAACCUUGUGUGCCCUCC